CACUGUGUCAUGUGACUCACGCCCAGGCUUUGCACAGGAUGGAGCCGGAAGAGGAGACGCCCUUGUGGCGGCUGCAAAAGGUUUCUGGGGAGCUAAUACCGCAGCUUCUUCACAAAAUAAUUGAUGGCAUUUGUGGCCGAGCUUAUCCACUUUACCAGGAUUAUCACAGCGUUUGGGAUUCAACAGAAUGGAAGCACGUCCUAGAUGAUAUUACCAAAUUUUUCAAAUUUGUUGUUGGUAAAAAUUUACCAGAUGAAGAGAUACUUCAGCAGUUGAAUCAGUUGAAUUCAUUUCAUCAAGAAACCAUCAUGAAAUGCUUAAGAAGUAGAAAAGAUGAAAUCAAGCAGGCUCUGUUAGAUGAAAUAGUUGAUAUAUCUUCUGCACAGCUACAGGAUUUUGACUGGCAGUUAAAGUUUGCAAUUUCAAGUGACAAGAUUGCUGCAUUACAAAUGCCACUUUUAAACCUUCAUCUAGACAUAAAAGAAAAUGGUGACGUGAAAUCAUAUUCUGUUGAAAUGAAUAAAGAAGAGCUGCAGAAUCUAAUAAGUUCCUUGGAAGCAGCUAAUAAGGUGGUCCUGCAGUUGAAAUAACUGGAAAUUAGGAAUAUCAACACUGUCAGAUUCUACUGCUGCAACUGAAUGCAGAGUGAAACUGUUAUCUGAAAACAGGGGAUAUACUUGUAUACCAAUCUGAGAAAGCAGCAUGGAGAUUACAAAGAUUAAACUUAUCUGCUUCUCUUGGAACUGGUAAUCACAUGGUUGACACUAACUGCAUAGAAAAUGAAAGCUAAAAAAGCUAUAGUAGCAGUUUAUAUUUUCAUAACUUUUGCCUCAUUAUUUCAGAAAUGUUUAUAGUUUUAUUAAAUGCUAAAAAUAGACUUUAAAGUAAUGUGAUCAUAUAGAGCACAAAUAUACGUAAAUAUUGCUGAUAGAAAGUAUGUGAGCAGCAAGGAUGUAUACUAUGGAUGUAUGUGGUUAAUUUGUGAAAAUUAAAAAUAACUUAAAGAAUAUAUAAGCAGCAUAUAUAUCUCAGGAGAUUCUAAAUCUUAAUCUUAUAUUUCAAAGGAAAGAGUAUAACAUAUAACAUUUCUUAGAGAAAGAGCUCUUUAGACAAGAAAAAGAAGAAAAUUUGCAUGAAAACUUUUGAGUUUAGAAUUGUGGAAAUUAAAGUUUUACAUUAGAAACAAGAAAAAUGAAAACAUUGGUUUUUUCUGCCUUUCUAUGUCUGAUUGGGUGAAUAUACUGUGGCAAAAAAGAGUAGAUAUUGUUGUACAGUGUAUAUUGCUACUCAGAUUGCUAAGACUAUAUGUAGGCCCACUUUUGUUAUAAACUCUUAAUACUGAAUUGAAUGUAACAAUUUUGGAUAUUAACAACUUCACUUUGGAAAAAAACAUUUUUCAUUUUAGUUAACUAAAAACAAGCAUUCUUAACAAAUAAAUGUUAUUUCACUUUCA